AUGGCAGGAAGAUCAUCCGACUUCGCAAAUAUUUCGCGGCCCCUCCGGCGUGCGCUGGCUGCUGCAGUUUUCGCGGCAUUUAUAUACUCAGCCCAAGCCGAUUCGGGACAGGAGAAGCAUUACGUCACAUGUGCGAACAGCACCACCCUGAUUUCUCUCCCGCUCACCAAGACCAGUGAUUCAGUGAACUUCAAGUGCCCCGCAAACUACACGUUGUCACCGGAGGUCUCCGCCAAACAGCAAUUCUGCAAAGACGCGAAGUGCAACGUAACGGCAGACUUGGAUGACGCCUAUAAGCUUCAGGCCGCAAACAAAAAUGAAGGAUACUCGCUCACAAUGGUGAAACAACCUGCCGCAUCAACUAACCUCUAUUUCGUGUGUAAGGAAACCACCGGACCGGAUCUCGUCCGCCGCGUUCUGGAAAGAACGCAGUCAGCUGCCAACGCGUCGACGUGCACGAUUCAAGUCCCGGUCCACGGCUCAUCUGUGUUUCCUGCAUCUGCAGAAACUGUGUGUGAAAAGGAUCCUCUCUCUAUCAGCUUGUCGCCUGAGAAGAGUACUGUCAUCUUUCGGUGCGGGAAAGACGCAGCGCUGUCGCCGACGAACUUGGAGAACGCAUUUUCGGGAAGCGCUUGCACGACAGAGAAGACCCUGAAGGAACUCGGCGUCAGUGGCUCUCUCGUGGAAGGGAGCUCGGGAGAGGCCAGCGCAGACGCUCAAACUGCCUACUCCCUCACUGUUUCGAGCUUCCCGACAGAAUCGCCGGCGCAGCUGUGCUACAAGUGCACAACGAAGAGCCAGCCAAGCGAUGGCAAGACGACUGCAAGCGAAUGCAGAGUGGUGAUUGACGUUGCCCAGGUAAGCAGCUCGGCUGGCAGCCUGACAGCAGAGAGCAGCAUUCUCGCUGCUCUGGCUCUAUGCUCUGCCUUCACCGGCCGCCAACUCCUCUAA